AUGUUCAAUGUCACCACCGGAGGCGUGAAGAAACCACAUCGUUAUCGUCCAGGAACCGUCGCUCUUCGUGAAAUCCGUCGUUACCAGAAAUCGACUGAAUUGUUGAUCCGCAAAUUGCCAUUCCAACGGUUAGUUCGUGAAAUCGCUCAAGAUUUCAAAACCGAUUUGCGUUUCCAGAGCUCAGCUGUUCUCGCUUUGCAAGAAGCCAGCGAAGCCUACUUGGUCGGUUUGUUCGAGGACACAAACUUGUGCGCCAUCCACGCUAAACGUGUCACAAUCAUGCCAAAAGACAUCCAAUUGGCCCGUCGUAUCCGUGGUGAACGUGCUUAAAUUCAACUUCAAACCAUUUGUUAUAAAAAUCGGCCCUUUUCA